GGCUGAAGGAAAUUCGUAUAGACGAGGAGGUGAAGAUCGCAGUCAACAUCGCCCUGGAGCGCUUCCGGUACGGGGACCAGCGAGAAAUGGAAUUUCCUUCUUCUUUGACCAGUACUGAAAGAGCUUUUAUUCAUCGACUGAGUCAAUCUCUUGGUUUGGUCUCUAAAAGUAAAGGAAAGGGAGCAAAUAGAUACCUAACUGUGAAGAAGAAAGAUGGAUCAGAAACAGCUCAUGCAAUGAUGACCUGUAAUUUGACUCAUAAUACAAAACAUGCUGUUAGGAGCCUAAUUCAGAGAUUUCCUGUCACCAAUAAAGAGCGUACUGAACUUCUGCCCAAAACAGAAAGAGGAAAUGUGUUUGCAGUUGAAGCUGAAAACCGAGAAAUGAGCAAGACAAGUGGACGACUCAACAAUGGCAUACCUCAAAUUCCAGUGAAAAGAGGAGAAUCUGAAUUUGAUUCUUUCAGGCAGUCUUUGCCAGUGUUUGAGAAACAAGAAGAAAUUGUUAAAAUAAUUAAGGAAAAUAAAGUAGUUUUGAUUGUAGGAGAAACUGGGUCUGGAAAGACCACACAGAUUCCUCAGUUCCUUUUAGAUGAUUGCUAUAAAAACGGUAUUCCCUGCCGUAUAUUUUGUACUCAACCAAGACGAUUAGCAGCUAUUGCUGUGGCUGAAAGAGUUGCUGCAGAGAGAAGGGAAAGAAUUGGUCAAACAAUUGGAUAUCAGAUUCGAUUAGAAAGCAGGGUUUCUCCAAAGACGCUUCUGACAUUUUGCACUAAUGGGGUAUUGCUUCGUACAUUGAUGGCAGGUGAUCGUACAUUGUCAACUGUGACACAUGUUAUUGUGGAUGAAGUGCAUGAGAGGGAUCGAUUUAGUGAUUUUUUACUUACGAAGUUAAGAGAUUUGUUGCAAAAGCACUCAACUUUGAAACUGAUUCUUUCUAGUGCUGCUUUGGAUGUAAAUCUCUUUAUAAGAUAUUUUGGAAGUUGUCCAGUGAUUUAUAUACAAGGAAGACCAUUUGAAGUAAAGGAAAUGUUUCUGGAAGAUAUUUUAAGAAGUACUGGGUAUACAAACAAAGAAAUGUUAAAGUAUAAAAAAGAAAAACAGCGAGAAGAAAAACAGCAAACCACUCUUACAGAAUGGUACUCAGCUCAAGAGAAUACUUUCAAGCCUGAAUCUCAGAGACAGAGAACUGUUCCAAAUGUGACUGAAGAAUAUGAUUUAUUGGAUGAUGGAGGUGAUGCUGUCUUUAGUCAGCUGUCAGAAAAAGAUGUGAAUUGCCUUGAGCCAUGGCUGAUAAAGGAAAUGGAUACUUGUCUUUCUGACAUAUGGCUACAUAAAGAUGUUGAUGCCUUUGCUCAAGUCUUCCACCUUAUUUUAACUGAAAAUGUUAGUGUCGAUUACAGACAUAGUGAAACCAGUGCCACAGCACUGAUGAUUGCUGCAGGACGAGGCUUUGCAAGCCAAGUGGAGCAGUUAAUUAGCAUGGGUGCCAACAUCCAUAGCAAAGCGUCAAAUGGCUGGAUGGCCCUGGAUUGGGCUAAACACUUUGGGCAGACUGAAAUUGUGGAUCUUCUAGAAUCUUACAGUGCUUCAUUGGAAUUUGGAAACCUAGAUGAAAGUUCUCUGGUUCAAACAAAUGGAAAUGACCUUAGUGCAGAAGAGAGAGAGCUCCUGAAAGCUUAUCAUCACAGUUUUGAUGAUGAAAAAGUUGACUUGGAUUUGAUCAUGCAUCUUCUAUACAAUAUCUGCCAGAGCUGUGAUACUGGUGCAGUAUUAAUUUUUCUACCUGGAUAUGAUGAAAUUGUUGGUCUGAGAGAUCGCAUCCUGUUUGAUGACAAGCGGUUUGCUGAUGAUGCACAUAGAUAUCAGGUCUUUAUGCUUCAUUCAAAUAUGCAAACGUCUGAUCAAAAGAAAGUAUUGAAAACCCCACCUGCGGGUGUUCGUAAAAUAAUUCUUUCCACGAAUAUUGCUGAAACCAGCAUAACAGUCAAUGAUGUUGUCUUUGUUAUUGAUUCUGGAAAAGUGAAAGAGAAAUCCUUUGAUGCACUGAAUUUUGUUACAAUGUUAAAAAUGGUAUGGAUUUCCAAAGCAAGUGCCAUACAACGAAAAGGCAGAGCGGGGCGAUGUAGACCUGGAAUUUGUUUCCGCCUGUUUAGUAGACUCCGAUUUCAGAAUAUGUUGGAAUUUCAGACUCCAGAACUUUUGAGGAUGCCGUUACAGGAACUUUGUUUACAUACCAAGCUGUUAGCUCCAAUUAAUUGUACCAUUGCUGAUUUCCUUAUGAGAGCUCCUGAACCUCCACCAGCUUUAAUUGUAAGAAAUGCUGUACAGAUGCUUAAGACAAUAGAUGCAAUGGAUGCGUGGGAAGAUCUCUCUGAGCUUGGAUAUCAUUUGGCUGACCUACCAGUAGAACCACAUCUUGGUAAAAUGGUGCUAUGUGCUGUUGUUUUAAAGUGUCUGGAUCCCAUCCUUACAAUUGCCUGCACACUAGCUUAUCGAGACCCUUUUGUACUGCCUACUCAGGCCUCUCAAAAACGUGCUGCUAUGCUUUGUAGGAAGCGUUUCACUGCAGGAACAUUCAGUGACCAUAUGGCACUUCUCAGAGCAUUCCAGGCAUGGCAGAAAGCACGAAGUGAUGGGUGGGAGCGAGCCUUUUGUGAAAAGAAUUUUCUUUCACAAGCUGCCAUGGAAAUAAUUAUAGGCAUGAGAACACAGUUGCUUGGUCAGCUUAGAGCAUCAGGUUUUGUUAGAGCAAGAGGAGGCGGAGACAUUCGAGAUGUUAACACAAACUCUGAGAACUGGGCUGUUGUUAAAGCUGCAUUGGUGGCAGGCAUGUAUCCCAAUUUAGUCCAUGUGGACAGAGAGAAUGUAGCAUUGACAGGACCAAAGGAGAAAAAAGUACGAUUUCAUCCCACUUCAGUUCUCAGUCAGCCUCAAUACAAAAAGAUUCCUCCAGCCAAUGGUCAAGCUGCAGCAAUCCAGGCACUGCCCACUGAUUGGCUUAUUUAUGAUGAGAUGACCAGAGCAUAUAGAAUAGCUAAUAUUAGAUGUUGUUCAGCAGUGACACCUGUUACUGUUUUGGUGUUCUGUGGGCCCGCCAGGUUGCCAAGUAAUGCUCUUCAGGAACCUUCGUCCUUUAGAGUGGAUGGCAUUCCCAAUGACAGUAGUGACAGUGAAAUGGAGGACAGAACUACUGCUAAUUUGGCGGCUUUGAAGCUUGAUGAGUGGCUUAACUUUAAACUAGAGCCAGAGGCAGCCAGUUUAUUGCUGCAACUCAGACAGAAGUGGCACAGCUUAUUUUUACGUCGAAUGAGAGCUCCAUCUAAACCUUGGUCUCAAGGUGAUGAAGCUACCAUAAGAGCAAUUAUAGCUGUUUUAAGCACUGAAGAACAGUCUGCAGGUUUACAACAGCCAUCUGGGAUUGGCCAAAGGCCAAGACCCAUGUCUUCAGAAGAACUUCCUUUGGCAUCAUCUUGGAGGGAAAAUAAUAGUAGGAAAACUGCAGCAGAAUGUGAAUUUUCUGAUGAGUCUACUACUGCAGAACGAGUAUUAAUGAAAUCUCCAUCUACGGCAUUACAUCCUCCUCAGAAAUACAAAGAUAGAGGAAUUUUACAUCCUAAACGAAGCACGGACGACCGAUCAGAUCAAUCUUCUGUAAAAUCUACAGAUAGCAGUAGUUAUCCAAGUCCUUGUGCUAGUCCUUCUCCUCCAUCCUCAGGAAAGGGCUCAAAAUCUCCUUCACCAAGACCAAAUAUGCCUGUUCGAUACUUCAUAAUGAAGAGUAGCAAUCUGAGAAACCUUGAAAUUUCUCAACAGAAGGGUAUCUGGUCUACAACCCCAAGUAAUGAGCGAAAGCUAAAUCGAGCCUUUUGGGAAAGCAGCAUGGUUUACUUGGUAUUUUCUGUUCAAGGAUCUGGACAUUUCCAGGGAUUUUCAAGAAUGUCUUCUGAGAUAGGAAGGGAGAAGAGCCCGGAUUGGGGCUCAGCUGGGCUAGGGGGAUUAUUUAAAGUGGAGUGGAUUCGAAAAGAAAGCCUUCCCUUUCAGUUUGCACACCAUUUACUGAAUCCUUGGAAUGAGAACAAGAAAGUGCAGAUAAGCCGAGAUGGUCAGGAACUAGAACCUCAGGUUGGUGAACAGUUGCUCCAGCUAUGGGAACGCCUUCCUUUGGGAGAAAAACCCACCACCGAUUGACACUCAGAACUCAGCUGUGGAAAAAAUCAUGCCUGUUACAACUGUUGAAUGCACUGACUUCCAAAAAUUGAGAUAGGGUUGUGUGUCUCUGAAUGGCCUUUUCUCAUUUAUAAUGUUGCUUCAGAGACACCACCAUCUUUAUAUAUAAGAAAAAAAGGAUCAUUUAAAUCUUUAUAGUGGGUGGAGGAUGUAUUUCACUGACAAGCGCACUGUCCUCAAUUCGAUCCCUGGUACCGGAAAAGAAAUAUAUAAUCUAAAUCUUUAUAGUGACCAGAGUGGAUGCCUCUGUAAUGUUUGUUAAUAAUAUGCUUAUUAAGGCAUAAAAUAGUAAUAGUUCACCAUUUGACAUAACAGCAGUAUAUUUUAAACAAACUUAAUUUGAAGUUAAACAUUUCCUUAAAACCCUGACUUAAAAUUCUUACUGAUGACUUUGUAAUGUGGGAAAGGGCUGAAUGUAUCAGUACCACCAUUUUAGAAGAGUCAACUCUUUAAGAAAUAUUAUAAACAAAUCCAACCAGUCAGCCAGAUUCUAAAGAUAUCCCCUUUAAAAAUAGAGUGUCUUAGGGUCUAUUCAUUUUACUACUUUUAAUCUGAAUAUAUUAAAAAAGGAAUGUUCUUUUGUGUAGACUAUAAAAUGCAAUAGAAUCUGAAAAAAAGGGCAAAAUUCCUUCCUGUCUCUAUUUGGAUCAAGUGUUUAUUUUUGGUCCUACCUCUUGUAAUUUGAUGUAUACUGUACACUUUCUUCUUUUCCUCCCAUUUAACAAACUUCAAAAGUCUCUUAUAUGAGCACAGUGAUUAUGACCUUUUUGUGUUGGUUACUGAAACUUGAUUUAGAUAAAAUUUAAAAACAAACUCAUAUAAGUUUUAAAAAGUGCUCAGUAGUUAUUAGUAUCAAAUAGCUUGAUUGCUGUGUUUUUUAAACUAAAACACAGACCACAGUUCCAAAAGGCUUCUUCCAUUUAUUUUUCAUUAGUUUUUCUUGACGACAUUCUCAGAUAUGAUUUACCUCUUUUUUACAUUUAUGGUUUAAUAAAUAGGAGAUAAUAUUUUUCUUCUUUUUGUUUUUGGUAAAACUAUGCUAAUGCCAAGUUACAUACAUCUUGGCAUUCUCAGGGUUGACUUGAUACUGUUUAUAAGGCUUUUCUUAGAGACUUUUUAAAGGGAAAAUAGAGGUACAGGGAAAAGUGAAAGAAAUGUCUUGGUUACUGAGCUCUAAGUAUUGGACAGGUUUGAUAUAUUUCUCACGAUACAUUUGAGUCAUUAUUAUUAAAGGAACAUGAAUCCAAUUUCAAGACCAAAAAGAAAACUCCUUAAAUCCUCUGGUUCUCCAUUUGAGAAUGAAGAAAUGAAAAAUUAUGGGUCAAUAUAAAACCUUAAGAACCUCUACUUUUUUGGUAAUACAGUAUAUAUGUUAAUUUAGAAUAUCAUCUGUGAAUUUUGCCUGUGUUAGUAAUUAGCUUUUUAAACUACUUUGAGACACACCUGUAAAUUGAGCUAAUAUGAAUUAUGUGAAUUAUGUUUCAUUGUAUCUAUUACCUUUUUUCUUAUUAGAACAACUUGUAUUUUCCUGACAAUGUAUACUUGUUAGUAUACAUUUCGUAGUUCAGUGUUUAAACUUUGGAAGGACUUUUUAAAAUUAAAGCUUGUUUUAAUUUUAAUCUGUUUUCUAAUAUUUAGUCUUGUAUAUAAAUGAGUUUGUUGGUAAAUGAAUACAGUUUGAAUGUAAUUAAAAUGUUUUUGGAAGAGAUGAACUUUAAAUAUACUUAUUAAAUGAAAUUCUAUUAAGUUAUUCUGACCUUGUCAUUUCUAAUACUAACACGACUAAGGUAACAAUGAUUAAAAUAUACCCUGACAUAUUAGUGAAUUUUAUACUGAUAGUAUAUUGAAGAAUACUAAGUUGAAUAUAGAGUGUGAUAGUUUCAUAUCACUAUCCUCUCCAUGGCAAGAAUCUCAAGAGUGAUGUCUGUUCAGUAU